AUGAUCAAGAACAGAGAAUCUGCAGCAAGGUCGAGGGCUAGGAAACAGGCAUAUACAAUGGAGCUGGAACUUGAGCUGAAUUACCUCAAGGAAGAUAACAGCAGGCUGAAGCAGAUUGUGGUAUCUGGAAGGAAUUUUGUGUUGUUUUUUUUGUGA